AUGGUCGUGCUCAAGACACACAUCGACAUCAUCACUGAUUUCUCCCCGCAGACAGUCGAGGGCCUCAAGGCCGCCGCUCAGAAACACAACUUCCUCAUCUUCGAGGACAGAAAGUUCGUCGAUAUAGGCCACACAGUCCAGAUGCAGUACCAUGGCGGCAGCCUACGCAUCUCCGAAUGGGCGCAUAUCGUCAACUGUGCCGUGCUAGCGGGGUCAGGCAUUGUCGAUGCUCUAGCGCAGAUAUCUUCCUCGGGCGUAUUCCCUUACCCCGCUGGCGAGAGGGGACUGUUGAUUCUCGCUGAGAUGACUUCCAAGGGCUCGUUGGCAACGGGCGAGUAUACGAAGCUGUCGGUUGAGAUGGCCAGGAGACAUGCUGGGUUCGUCAUGGGGUUCGUGGCUACGCGGUCCCUGGGCGAUAUCGAGACUGAGACUGAGCGCAAGGCCGAUGAAGACUUUGUGCUAUUCACCACGGGUGUCAAUCUUGCCUCGAAGGGUGACCAGUUAGGCCAGCAGUAUCAGACUCCCGAGUCGGCUGUGGGCAGAGGAGCGGACUUUAUCAUCUCGGGGAGAGGUAUCUAUGCUGCUCCUGACCCUGUGGAGGCCAUAAAGCAGUACCAAUCUGCAGGCUGGAGCGCAUACCUCAAGCGUAUAUCCAGAUAA